AUGACCCCUCUACCCAAGCUAUCCACCCUCCUAACCCUCAUACUCCCCAUAACCGCAAUCAAAAACCCAGUUCUCUCAGGCUGGAACCCCGAUCCCUCCAUACUCCACCUCAACGACGAAUACUACCUCACAACAUCCUCCUUCGAAUACUUCCCCGGCCUCCCAAUCUACAAAUCCACAGAUCUAACCAACUGGACCCUCCACUCCCACGCCCUAACAAGAUCAUCCCAAUUAGCCCUCUACGGAACCCCAACCGGCGGCGGAACCUGGGCCCCUACCCUCUCACACAUAAACAACACAUUCUACAUAACAACCAUGACCCGCUGGACCUACGACCCGAUUGCAAAAGUCUGGCCUCGAAUCACAUGGAUCUCAUCCCCGGAUCUAGAAUCCUGGAGUGACCCCAUCUGGGCCGAACCAUGGGGCAUCGACCCGUCUCUUUUCCAGGACCCUGUUUCCGGGGACGUCUAUCUGAAUCUCAUGGCGCCGGAUAGCAAGGAAACUGGGAUCUGGGGUAUUUAUCAAUGUCAAGUGGAUCUGCGGACUGGGAAAUGUAUAGAUGAGUACCGGUCUCUGUGGAACGGGACGAUGCCGCAUGAUGCCAGUGCUAGACCGGAGGGGCCGAAGAUGUUUUUGAGGGGGGAGUGGUAUUAUUUGCUUAUUGCUGAGGGCGGAACAGACGACCUCCACCGUGCAAGCAUCGCACGCUCACGAUCACCACGGGGUCCAUGGACCCCAAACCCCAAUAACCCGAUUCUAUUCAACGGUGCGUAUGGGUUCGAUAACCUUACCGUGCAGUCGACAGGUCAUGCUACCAUCUUCGACACCGCCAGCGGAGAUUCAUAUGCAGUGUAUAUCGCCCGGCGGAAAGUUAACGGGUCAUCACCAUUGGGGAGAGAGACAUUUCUCUCGCCCGUAACUUGGAAGGAUGGAUGGCCGAUCAUCAACGACGGUCGACCAGUUCUCUUGAGUGAAUCUUUCGGUGACAUUCCAGACCAGAGCACCCCGGAGACCUGGGUUGAUAGAUUCGAGGGAUCUACUCUUGAGAAUGGAUGGUAUCAGCUUUGUAUACUGUACACGGAGAAUUUUAUUCUCCGGGAAAAGGGGGGUAUACUAUUCAGGCCGAAUAUAUACUCUCUCAGUGACAGAGAUAUUCCGGCGGCUAUUCUGCGGAAGAAUAGUACUAGAAUAUAUAUUUAUACCCAGCUUGUAAGAAAUAGAACAGUUAAAAUAUAA